UUACUGUUCAGUUAGUGACAAGUCAGCAACCCAGUUAGCGAGUCGCCAACUCAAUCAGAGAUUCAAUGUCAGAUGUCAGUUUGAUCUUCGGUACGACUCAUAUUCUACUCAUGGCCAAGUGUCAAUAUACCAUUUAUUGGUAUUCGUUUCUCACUUAAUACGGCUGACCAUAUUACACACGGUUGUCUGGCAACGCAUCUGCCUUAGGGUCGUCCCGUUGCUGAGCAGUGUUAUUCUUGUUCUCUGUGUUCUGCAUUGUUUUCAAAGGCAAAAGAGCAAUGUUUAUCUACGAAAUGGUAGGAACGUAAAUGCGGCGAGGCAGUUGCCCAUCACUGAAGCCGAGGUCGAGAUGUUAGUUAUUCAGUUGCUAAUGCUGUGGUAGGAAUGUAAGUUAGGCAGAUCCUCGAUGGCGUUUGGCUGCCCUGGAGACUGAGGCUCCUCACCACUUGUUAGACGUAUUAUCCAACGGUAACGCGAUGUCAGCUGCUUGGAGUAGUUCAGCUGAUGAUGUUUGGUUGUGUUGCGUGUACUGAUGAGAGAGCUGGCUUUCCGUUUCCAAUGUGACACAUUGUGAGGAAGUCCAACCGCAACAAGACAAUGGUUUCGCCCUGCACAGCAAGACGCCACUUCGCCUUAGAACGCACUGACUUCUUGAGAUAUGGAUAGCGGUUGGUGAUUCAGUGGAUUUUAUUUGUCAGAAUAUGGAGCAGAUUAGGCUAUUGGACGGAGAGGAUGAAAGAGAUGAAUCACUUAACAUGUUUCUUAUGUUUCCCAAACGGAGAGCAUCACUCCUAAACCAACAUAGAUGGCGCUCUAAACAGCAACGGGGAGAUCUGAAUUGGAUACAAAUGACGAUCAGAUGACUCCAAAAAUGGCGGAGUUUGGCUGGGGGCUCUCGGACGAGACGCUCAAAAAGGCGCGGACGGAAUUGAAUGAGAUUCCUGAGCGUCGUCGUGAGGCAAUUGAAGCCAUUAAGGAACAGAUGGUCACACGGCCAGAUAUAGAUUUUCUCCGCACAGAUGAUGCCUUCAUCCUCCGCUUCCUACGCGCCAGGAAAUUUGACACAUUCGAGUCGUUCAAACUUUACGCCAGAUACUUCGAGUACCGGCAAAUUAAUCGGAACUUAUUCAAAAAAUUCCACGCCGGGGAGCCUGGCGUUAAAGCGGCAUUAUUCGACGGAUUUCCUGGAGUGUUGCCGCUCACUGAUCACUUUGGGCGAAAAAUCUUGGUGCUUUAUUCGGCCAACUGGGACAAUUGCCACUAUGGCCUUGCCGCUAUUUAUCGAGCAUUGUUAUUGACUCUUGAGAAACUCAUCGAAGAAGAGGAGACGCAGGUCCACGGGUUUGUUAUCAUCGUGGACUGGUCACAGUUCACCUUUCGACAAUCAACAUGGAUACACCCGAGAUUACUUAAACUCAUGAUAGAAGGACUUCAGGAUUGUUUCCCAGCGCGGUUUGCAGGCAUUCAUUUUGUGAAUCAGCCCUGGUAUGUGGAGGCGGCCUUUAAGGUGGUGCGGCCGUUCCUUAAGGAGAAGACAAAAGAAAAGUUUUAUAUGCAUGGCAAUAACCUCACCACCCUCCACGCCCACAUCCACAGAGACGCCCUCCCGGCAGACCAGGGUGGCUCAGCACCACCGUACAAUACAGAGACAUGGGCCAAGAUAUUAGUAGGCGACGACCAAUUUAGUUACGGACAGAACCACAUAUUCUGGCCGGACCAUUGUGUUAGCUUUAAGAAGUCAGAGACAUUUCCGCUCGAUCAGUACACCAGCCAAGGUGAAUCGUCUUCAAAACCGUCAACGGAAGAAAAACGGACAACAUUACUUGAUGAGGAGUUCUUCCUGAUAGACUGAUUACGAUAUGAGUAGGAACUUGAUGAGGAGUUCUUCCUGAUAGACUGAUUACGAUAUGAGUAGGAACUUGAUGAGGAGUUCUUCCUGAUAGACUGAUUACGAUAUGAGUAGGAACUUGAUGAGGAGUUCUUCCUGAUAGACUGAUUACGAUAUGAGUAGGAACUUGAUGAGGAGUUCUUCCUGAUAGACUGAUUACGAUAUGAGUAGGAACUUGAUGAGGAGUUCUUCCUGAUAGAUUGAUUACGAUAUGAGCAGGAACUUGAUGAGGAGUUCUUCCUGAUAGACUGAUUACGUAUAUGAGUAGGGACUUGAUGAGGAGUUCUUCCUGAUAGACUGAUUACGAUAUGAGUAGGAACUUGAUGAGGAGUUCUUCCUGACAGACUGAUUACGAUAUGAGUAGGGACUUGAUGAGGAGUUCUUCCUGAUAGACUGAUUACGAUAUGAGUAGGAAGUGACAUGUAGAGUGACGAUUUUAUAAUAACACUUUUGAGACACUUUGGGGAAGUUUUUGACAAGGCGUGUAAUUGAGAAGGAAAGACGAAGGCCAUUCUGAGGUGGAUAUGGUGCAAUUCUGAAGGUGCCUUGCAAUCCGAUUUCAGGGGCAUGAGCAUUUCCCUCUUUGCGGGGUCUCAGAUAAGGAAUCAAUCAAUCAGGUGUAACUGUAGUGAUGAAUUGUAAGCCAUGUGUACCAUAGUAAUGGGGGUUAAAUUAAACAUCGUGACAGGGAAGAGAUUAUUCAAGGUCUGGUUGAUUCAGCUGAGGGGUUGAGGGGCUCUUCACAAGGGUAAACAAGGUGGAGAAGAAAGGACAAAGGACUUAAACAAAGUACAUUGUACAAGAAUUGGUAAGGCAUUGUUCACUGUGUGUGCUAAUCUCUGCAUUGCAGGUAAAGAACCAUUACAAGGUUGAUUAGCUAUGAGUGUUAGAAGUCAGAAGAUAAACAGCGGACUUAUUCACUGCUGGCGAAUCAUCUGAUGAUGAUGAAUGAUAUGGGAUAGCGGUGGACAUGGUACUUUUGAUGCUUGUUCCAUCAGGCUGUACAUACAGUCCUCGAGAGUUUGCAAUGGAUGUUGUUACGUUUAGGCAUCCGCAGUUGGGAACAGGUGCUCUCGUAAAUGUCAUCUGUGGAUGGGGGGGGGUGGAGUUUCUGAGUUGGUCUCCUGGAAUAAUAGGAAGGACAUCAAGCUUAACUUGGGGAAUGAGCGUAGACCCCUCCUCACUGAAUUCUGCAAGUGGAGAAGCGGGCCAGUUUGUGGCUCGAAUUGUAAAGAUUGUAAAUAGUUUUGUAACCUCCCAAUCUUGUUGUGAAAAUGUUGUUUGUGAAGAAAUAUUUAUUGGUUAUUUAUUUGUGUAAAUUAUGUGUAUGUAGGCAAUUUGCAAUGUAAAACCAGUGCUUAUUUUUAACAUACCUCUGUGAAACCAGUGCUUAUUUUCAACAGACCUUUGUGAAACCAGUGCUUAUUUUCAACAGACCUUUGUGAAACCAGUGCUAUAUACGACCUGUAACCAGAGAGCAUUCAGCCUCGUAAACAGCCUACACCUACAAGAGGUAAUUAGUGACCAUCAUAGAAUCAAAAUGUCCCGAGUUCUGAUUUGGUAGAUUUUGGUCCGAAUGGAGUGGUCUGAUGUGUAGUUAAAGGCACUACAGCCAAUUGAUGUCAGCAUUCAGCUGGUCACCUCCUCGAUUUACUCAUUCAUCUCAGAUAUGUGAUGGACAGAAAAGACAGAAAAGACAGAGCCGACAGUCUAUUCUUUAUGACUCUUCAUCAGCAUUCGCAUGCUCUACCUUUCCAGAUCAGGAUACCACGCAAAGUUUAAGACAAGUUAGCAACAAAGUUUUUAGCGAGGCCAAAUUGUUGUCUUUUGUUAAGCUAAAUAAUAAGUUCGUUCUGUACUGCCUGAAGUGCUUUUUGUUAUUCAUCAACAAGAUUUAAUAAAUGUACAUUGAUGUUCCUAGAAAAAAACCAAACAUUGACAAUAAACAAUUUUCUGAUGAA